AUUUACGUUUUUGAUUUCGUUAAGACCAGACGUGCUUUUCGAUCGUGCUCGGAAAAAUCUUUUUUAAUUAUCUUAAUUAAUUUCUGUGAAAAUCCUUUUAAUCCGGUACGGGAAGAAGCUUAUUGAUAAAAUCGAACAAACAAUUUAUUAAAUUUUUGAGAAUUGUGAUUUAAAAUUUUCAAAUUUCAUACCUAAAACGUGGUGAUCAGAACUGAUCGUGGAAAAUUACAUCUCGUUGAAAAACAAUCUUUAUAUUUUUUUUUGUGAAAAAUCUCGGAAGGAAAAUUCUGUGAAAGACUGUGAAAAAUAAAAUUAAUUUAACAAAAAAAAAGAGAGAAAAUAUUAAAUUAAAAUUAAAGUUCAUAUCAAAGAGAAUUUAGGAAUAAAUCCUCAGAUAACAAAUUCAACCCACAAACAAAAAAAAACAGAAUUAAGAUAUAUAUUGUUUUUUAUAUAUUCACAUUUUGAGUAUUACGUAAAUAUUAAAAAUAAAUAAAUAGAAAAUGUUGAUGCAAGUUGGACCAGAAGCAGAAGCAGCUGCAUUAGUUGCCGGACUCGUAGCAUGCAAUUCUCCUGUUGCGGGAACAACACCAUCAAUGAAUGGAACACAGGCUCAAGUUGCGGCCGCACAACAACAACAAAAAGACACAACGUGGACGAAACUUUUUGUUGGUGGAUUACCAUAUCAUACGACUGACAAAAGUCUACGUGAGCAUUUUUCAGUUUACGGUGAUAUUGAGGAAGCUGUUGUCAUAACUGAUCGUCAGACAAAUAAAAGUCGCGGUUAUGGCUUUGUUAUUAUGGGUGAUAGACUUAGCGCUGAGCGUGCAUGCAAAGAUCCAAAUCCAAUUAUUGACGGGCGAAAAGCAAAUGUAAAUUUAGCCAUCUUAGGUGCAAAGCCACGUGGAAAUCUCGCAACAGGAUUUCCAUUUGCCGCAGCCGCAGCAGCCGGAUUAAGAACGGCAUAUCCCGUUUUACAAAACCAAUUUGGUGUGCCACAAUCAUACAUUUAUGGAUCACUUGGAUCACCUUACUUGGGAGCUGCUGCAGCGACACAAAAUCAACAAUCGGCAACUGCUGGCUUAACAAUGCAAAUUCCAGCAGCAACACAAUUAUCACAUGCGGCUGCUCUUGCUGCAGCAACAAGUCAAUUUUAUGAAUACCAGAAUGCGUUAGCUGCAACUGCUGCUCCAUUUCAAGGACAAUAUAGUGGAUUUGAAGCUUAUCCUUAUGCAGCUGCUGCUACAGGUAAUUAUUAUGGUGCAGGUGCUGGUGCUGCCACUUACAUGCCUUAUGGUGCUUAUGCUGCAUUACCGCAACAAGGAGCAUUUAAUGGACUAACAAAUCCGUAUCAAAAUGCUGCUGCCGCUGCCGCCAAUGCUAGUUUGCAAGAAGCUCGACUUCAAUAAUGGUAACUGAAUCGCCAAAGAUAUUUAAUGCAUCUUAUUGAUUUGGAGAAAUGGGAUUCAUUCGACAAUUUAAUUUAAAAUCUAUUUUCUACAAUUAUCGAUUAAUUUUAAUCAUAAAGGAACCAUCACAUUACGAAUAAUUAGUAAUUAUUUAUAAUUCAUUUAUUGCUCUCAUUGAAAUUUGCCAAUUGUCGUGGAAAAAUUCAACAAAAAAAUCCCAUUUUUAUAUUAUCUUUUAAGUAGAUAAAUUUCAUUUAAUAAUUUAUUAUUAUUGAUCUAUUUACAUUUUAUACAAUGAAAAAAAAUGCGCAUAUUUAGUUCUCUUUCUCUCUCUCUCUCUCUUUUAUAAAUUAAAUACCGCCUAAUUAUGAUUAUAAACUAUUUAUGAUUAAUUGUUAAGUAACACGAAUUACGAUCUUUUUUUUCUUGCUUAGUCUUCACAACAUGUGUGUGAGGCGAUUUCUAUUUCAUCUCCAAAAAAAAAAUCAUUUCUUUCUUUUCCACAUUUUUUAAUCCGAUUUUUGUUUAAUUUCUGUUUUUCGUACAUUUUUACAUGAAAUAUAAACGCACAAAACAAAUUUUUGAUAGAAACGCAUCGCAGAAAUAUGUGCGAUAAUUAAAUGAUAUGAAUUAUUUUGAGGCUAUUUUGGAAUCAUUUUCAAUGCAAGAAAUUGAAGAAAUUGCUAAAUUGGUAAUAACUUAGUUUCUUGGAGUGAUUAAUUAAAAGUAUCAAUUUAAGUUGCUCAAAAGUUGAACGUCAAACCUAUAGAACUGAUUUAUAGCUGCUUGUUUUAUGCUUUUAAAGGCUAGAAAAGUGAGAGUUCGCGUGAUCACGGCACUUGUACCUAAAGUUUCAGGUUAAAGUUGGAUCUGAACCAAUUUUUAUAUUAUAUUACAAGCUGUCGUCAGCAAUACAAGGUUUUGAGCUUCGUUUAUAGUCCGUUAUUGUGCAGUAACUAAGAUCUGUAGCAAUUUUAGCUAUGACUGUACUUACAUUUCCCAAAAGAUUCAAAGCACUUUUUAACAAACAUUGGAAGUUCCACUAGACUAUUUGAAUUUUGUAAAAACUUUUGAAACAAAGUUCUAGAGAGUUCAGAAACUAGUGAGAAUCGGACCCAGGUCUCAAUAAAAGUCAAGGUUUAAAAACUUACAUCUGUGGCUUAACCAUUCCAUUAAAAAGGUCUAACCCUAGCACAGUAGUUUUGGUUACAUGUUGCUUUAUAUCGCUGAUUCUAGUCCGAUAUACUAUCCAUAAUUGAUACUAUCCCGAAACAACAAAAUAUUAGCCAUGAACUUCAAGAGAACAAACUUCAGAGAGUCAUUUCCUUUAUUGACAUUUCCAGUCAAUAUUUUCAUUGUACUCAACUAAAUGGUUAUUGACUAAAAGUUCCAUUUCCACCAACUUUAUACUUCCUUCAAAUAAAUUUCUUGUUUACAUAAGAAAGAAAGCACAUCACACAAAAAAAUGACAAUCGAAAUUUUUUACUUUUUUCCAUUCACAAAAAAGAGAGAAAAUUAUUUCAUGACCAUUUCUCCUAUUUAAAAAAAGUCGUUACCUUCGUGUUUACUUAAGAUUAUUUUAUAAAAAAGAAGAAGAAAUCCUCAAACUUAUACAAGACGAGGAAUAAGAAAUCAUUUAAAUUCUAUAUAUAUUUAAUAAAGAGAAAUAUUCUAGUUGUUAGAUUAUAUUGGUAUAAAAUAAAUAUUAAAAGCUCAAUUAUGAGAAGAUGAAAACUUAAUUUUAAUUCCUUAAGAAAGAAAGAAGAAAAAAAAACAAAAGAAAGGAAGAUAGAACCCUAUUUUGGUAGUACUUAGGAAUUCGUUUAUUAAAAAAAAUUAAUUUUUGUACUUUAAAUUACUGAAUGUAGAGGCAUACCAAAGAGUAAAUAAGGUCACUUCCAAGCUAAAAAGAAGCGGAAGAUGAUUAAAAAAUAAAAACAAAAAUUGAGAAGAAAAUGCGAGAAAGAAAAUUCUAUUUUGGCACUUUGGUUGGGGAAAAAUUUUCUUUUUUUUAAUAUCCGGUCCGAAAACGUCGACCGAGAACCCAGUGCAAAUUUUUAAUUGAUUCUGAUCGCUGCAAUUCAACAUUUUUUAUUAUGAUUAAUUAAAUGAUAAAAAAUAAUUUUCUUUUAUUAUCCAAGAACUUCACAGACUUUCGAGAUGUGGUACCUAUGAGCGCUGCUAGUCAGUUGCAUUUAUCACGCCAGAUUAUAAUUCAUUUCAUGCGUGAUAAAUUAUAAUAAAAAAAAUACUAAGAAAGGUGUAAUAAUAAUAAAAAAAAUAAAAAUUAUAUAGUAAUACAUAUGAUGAAGAAAGUCUGUGCGUAAUUAAUUCUUUUUAUUUUAUUUCAAAAUAAUUCAUACAAUUAAAUUAAUGUUAGUGAUAUAAUUAAAAAUCUUAUAUAGAUAUUAUUAUAUAAAUUUAUUUUUGCCUAUCUAUCUACCUACGUCCAUCGUCGCAUGUUAAUUUCUAUUAGCGAGGGAGAAGAUGCACAUUUUGAUGCGGCUUUGAGCUGACUUCUUUGAACGCUGGAAUAGAAUUCUAUUGGAUAAUUAUUUUGAGGUUAAAACAUAGCGUAUUCACCUAUAGAUUUUUUAAAUUUCGGAAAAAACAACUUAAACUUAAAAGUAGUUUAACACCCUUUCAUAAACAAUAUUUUUGUUCAGAACAAAUUGAAAUCAAUUUUCGUGAUUUCAUAUAUAUAGCAAAGAGAACAGAGUCCGUUACAAACAAAAAAAUUUCAAAAUUUUCGCGCGGUAUUUUUUUAAAAUUUUAAAAUAAGAAAGUCCGUUACUUUUUAUUUUUUUUAAACUAGAUGUUUUUAAAGCAAUAACAUUUAAGGAAUGCAAUUUCAUCACAGUGAUUAUCUUAAUUAUAAAAACUAGUAGGAAUGUUCACUAAAAUUACAAAUUAAUCGAAAAAUAAUAAUUCACAACGAAUUUUUUUUUAAAAAUAAGUACUUCGAAGAUUCGAUAUUCGAAAAAUAAGAACCUCAAAAAUUCGAAGUUCGAAUAAUAAGAACUCAUAAGAGUCCUUUUGAAUAACAUUACUUCAUUAUUUGGAUCUAGGUGUUUUUAUUCAAUUUUUGGUCACAAUUCAUUGUAAAACAUUAAAAGUUCUGCUUUGGAAUUAAGAAUAAAAACACCUCAUCUGAAUCAAUGAGAAAUAUGCAAUCAAAUGAAAACAAAUUGUUAAAUAAAGACCUCAAAAUCAUUGUAUCCUCUAAGAAAUCAAUGGAAGGCGCAAAAAUUAGUCAAUCAAACAGCCCAUCAACAUUAAAAGAAGUUAGAAAGAACCAAAAAUAUGAAACAAAAGAUAAAAUUACCUUAAAAAUAUUAAUAAUACAUAUAUGUAUAGAGAAAUCCAUCUCAGAGACCAAAAAAGCGGCCUGAAAAAAAUUAAAAUUUUCUUCUCAAAAACUAUUUAAUUUUUUUGCUUAAUUUGUUAUAACUCGAAUCUCAUUUUUAACCUAUUAUUAAAACAAUUGAUAUUGAUGAUAGCAUUCAUUUUUCAUUCUCUUUUUGUUCCGUCUAAAAAAAAAUUAAAAAUCAAUCGUUUAUUGCGUCACAUGAAAUAUGAUAAAAGAAAAGAUGCCCCGAGAAAAAGUUCUAGUCAAUUUUUUUAAAAUAAUUAUUUUGUUUGUUUUGUUUUAUUAAACUAAUUUAAAUGAAGAAUGAAUAUGAUGAUCAGGAACGAUGGCAAAUGAGAAAGAAAAUUUGAAUUUUUUCGUACAUAUAGCAAAACAAAAAAAAUUGACAAUUAUUUCAUACCUACAUUAAAUUUUAAGACUUAUGCUCAAGAAGAAAUUUUUGUUGCCCAUAUUUUUAAUCCUGAACAGCACAAGAAAUUCUUCGUGACAAUCAAUAUUUUACAAGUCCAAGACUUCUUGUGCUCCUCAGGUAUGCUUAUUAAUUAUGUUGCUUGCCCUCAAAACUCUGUUAUAAUUCUGAAAAAUUAAAUGAUUCUGUUCAAUGCAUAUCACAAAUUUCUUUUAAGGAACUAAUGAACAAAACAAAAGUCACAAAUUUCACACAAAAGUUUUUUUGAUAAUACUAAUUCAAUUAUGUUCAUAUCACGACAAAUUUAUGAUGAAAAAGUUUUGUUUCUAUUCAAGUUUCAAUUUUCCAAUUCUUUUUUGUCUACUUGUGGUAAAACUUUAGCCUCGAAAAAAAAUGUUAAAACUACUUUUAUAAUACUUCUUUACAAAGAAUAAAAAAAAAUCAACAUUGAGGAAUCGAAGAAAAUAAAAAUGAUGUUAACAUGAUGAAGAAAAACUUAAAAAUUAAAUAUAAAUCUUUUCAAUGAACAUUAUAAAGUUAAAGAUAAAAAAAUUAAAUUUAUAAGACUUUUAUACAUACACAAUGAUCUUUAAUUAAUUAGAUGUUUAAGAAACAUUUUCAAAGCAGCCACCAAUGAAAUAAAAUUUGGAUUUAAAGCUUGUUCUAAAGUGCUUUUGAGGGGAUUAUUUGUUAAGCAAUAAUGGGAAGUUAUUGGAACUGAAUAAAGCUAUAAAGACUGCUAUUCUUUUGCACUAGGCUUGCAUGGCUUUCACAUUAUGAUUUUAACUGUCAUUUUAAAUUCAAAAAUUUCUGCAUCUUUUGAUGCAAAAUUUGAAUUUCAAAAAGUCGUUAAAUUUUUAAGAAUUUCAAUAAUCAGUUUUUUUAAAAAUAAUUUGCAUCAAUUGAUGCGAAAUCAAUAAUUAAAAUCCGUUAAAAUUCCCAAAACUAAAUAAAUCUCUCAAAUUCACUCUAGUUCGAAUAAAUUUCUAAAAUUUCAAACUUCUAAAAAUGUCUAUGAAAUAAAUCGCAAAUUUGUUUCAAUAAAUACUCUAAAAUGCACACUUUUAAUGCACUCGUUCAAAAAUAAAACUGAUAAAUCUGAUGGAUAUGAAGAUUUAAAAAAGAUGAACUAUUUUUUAGAUAGCAAAAAAAAUUAAUCAAAUUUUUUAAGAAACGAAAAGGAAUAAUGGUUUUAAGGACCUAACAAAAGAGAAUCAGAAUUUUAUUGAAAGAUGAAGGAUCAAAGUGCAUAAUUAAAAUAUGAAAAUCUAUUAUACAUUAUUACGGAAAAAAUAUCUAUUUUAUUAAUUGCAUAAAGAUAUUUUUAUAGGAUGUAAGAGGAUAAUAAGAAAAAAAAAAAAUACGAAAAAAUGAACAAAAAAACAAUACUUGAUUAUAUUCUAAAUGGCAGCAAAGAAAAAAGAACAUUAAUUAUCUGUACUUAUUAAUUCUUAUUAUACAACAUUAAAAACUACAAUAUUAAUUUAAUUAUUUAUAAAAAUUAUUACAAGGAAAAUCAUUCACG